AUGGCGGGGAACCUGCACCUCCCCGUGGUGGACCUGGCGUCGCUGGACCUCCGCGCCGCCGCUGAAUCCAUCCGACAGGUGACUUCACUCGACCCCCCAGACUAUCGAAACAGAACACCCCGGAAGAGAUUGCGAGCUUAUUUGAUGGUUGGGCAGGCGUGCGUGGAGCACGGGUUCUUCUACGUGACCAACCACGGAGUGGACCGCGGCCUGCUCGAGGCGGUGUUCGCGCAGAGCAAGGGGUUCUUCGACCUGCGGAUGGAGGAGAAGAUGGCGCUGCUGAGGCGCGCCAACCAUCGGGGGUACACGCCGCCCUACGCCGAGAAGCUCGACGCCUCUUCCCAGUUCGUAGGAGACCUCAAGGAGAGUUUCUACAUUGGGCCUAUUGAUGAUGGCGAUAUGCAUAACGAUAUAAACCAAUGGCCUUCUGAAGAGCGCUUGCCAUCUUGGAAGGAGACAAUGAAGCUAUACAUUGCAGCUGUUCUGGAUACUGGCACACGGAUACUCUCUCUAAUUGCUUUGGGUUUGGAUUUGGAUGCUGAUUUCUUUCAUAAAAUUGGUGCAUUGAACUGCCCGUCAACAUUUCUUUGGUUAUUGCAUUACCCAGGUGAAGUAAAUGAGUCUGAUAGUAGAAACUAUGGUGCAUCAGCUCACUCGGACUAUGGUGUGAUAACCCUUUUAGUGACAGAUGACACUCCUGGCCUGCAGCCUUAUAUUAUGGUUCCUUACGCUAUUAGUGUACAGAUAUGCAGGGAGAAGGAUAGGAAUCCCCAGCUAUGGGAAGAUGUUCAUCACAUUGAUGGGUAUAUGAUCCUUUCUUAA